CUCGACUCGAUUGUACGACGCUGAUGAUUUUUAGACAACACAGCGUCAACUGUUACUAAUAUUGUAGUUUAUACGUUUUAGAGACACACAAUAUUGUCUCGCACUUAGGUUAAAUAAAUUUAAGAAUUUUCUACUUUUAAUUAAAAUGGAUUUUCAAAAUCGCCCCGGCGGUAAAACUGGUGGUGGAGGAGUAGCAUCAUGGUCUGAAAGUAAUCGAGAUCGACGCGAAAGGCUUCGUCAACUCGCGUUGGAAACUAUUGAUUUAAAUAAAGAUCCAUAUUUUAUGAAAAAUCAUUUGGGGUCAUAUGAGUGCAAGCUUUGUUUAACCCUUCACAACAAUGAGGGAAGUUAUUUAGCCCAUACUCAGGGUAAGAAGCAUCAAGCCAAUUUAGCUCGUAGAGCUGCAAAAGAAGCCAAAGAGGCCCCACAACAACUAGCUCCUGAGAAGCCUCGAAUUGAACCUAAAAAAUUUGUCAAGAUAGGAAGGCCUGGUUACAGAGUUACAAAACAGAAAGACCCUGAAAAUGGACAACAAAGCCUACUAUUUCAAGUGGAUUAUCCUGAAAUUGCUGAAGGAGUACAGCCGAGACAUAGAUUCAUGUCUGCUUAUGAGCAAAAGAUAGAACCUCCAGACCGCAGGUGGCAGUACUUGUUAUUUGCUGCUGAACCAUAUGAGACAAUUGCAUUCAAGGUGCCCAGUAGAGAAGUGGAGAAACAUGAUUCUAAAUUUUGGACUCACUGGAAUAAAGAUACCAAGCAGUUCUUCUUACAGUUUGCAUUUAAAAUGGAACCAUUACGUAUGCCCCCACCUCCUCCUAAAAUGUGGGAGAAUCAUGGGAUGCGUCUUCCUCCUCCUCCUGGUGCCCCAUUAAUGGGAGUGCCUCCUCCUCCGCCCUUAUUACCUGUACCUCCACCACCACCUUCAAUGUAAAUGAGUGUG